GAGCCUCAUGCUGCUGGCCCACAGUGCCCUCCAAGUUUUCCCAAGGGCUCCUAUUUUGUGCUGCAAAAUACUGAUCUGGAUCUGCUGCCUUAGCUGCAGGUGAUGGGAAAUACUUGGGGACCUGCUUUUGCUUUGGGGAAGCAGGACCACUGCACUCUUUGUGCUUCUUUAUCAUCUAAGUGUUCUCCACACCACACAUACCCACUCCUUAGCAAGGAGAGUCCUUUCCUGCAACCUAUCUACCAUUCCCUUCUCUCCCCUCUCUUUCUCUCUGCCCUGACCACACCUCCCCACCCUGGGCUCCAUCCCAAGAGGACGCGGUUGGGAAUCACCUGACUCCUGACAAUGUCCCUAUCACAAACAGGCCACCAUACAUAACACACAUAUGAUACGUGGUAACAGACAUGUUUAACAACAGCGUGACAUGGAGUUUAAUCCCAGGGCCCUGUGUACUCUUCCAAGGCCUGGGAUGAUAGAGACUCAAGGGGGCAGUUGGAUGUCAACAUUCCGAGGGCCAGGCAUCUAGUGAAAGCCUCCCACCCUGCCAGAAGACGCACUCCUCAUGAGAAUAACAACAGAGGGGCCCAACUGUCUCACCUGGACACCUGGUCCUGCCACUGCUCAGAUGUCCUUGGAUGUACAGUAGGCAAGGAACAGAGCUUUAUCUUAUGCUGUAUUCUUGUUCCAUACAGAGGCCUGGGAGGAAAGAAUCUGAGGAGGAGAUGGCAGAGGCAGCCACGGACUUGAGUGAGGAUGACUUGGUGGAGAUGGAGGCCAUGCGACCCCCUGAGUCAGAUGGUACCUUCCAACAAGUCACCAACCUCCUGAACAGCAUGGACAACGAGUCAGCAGAGGUGGACACGGCCCCGGCAGGUCCAGACCCGCGGAAGAUCCUGGCCGGGAUAAUCACAGAGAAGGCCGCCGCGGACCCUGCUGUGGUGCUGAACGCCCUGGUCCACUGCCUGCGGGCGCUGGAGGUGGGGACGCCUCGCCCGGUUCUACAUCACCACGUUCUCCAGGACAUCAUCCAGCAGGAGGGGGAUCUGGGUGAGCAGUGUGUGCAGAGCCUGGUCUCCAUCGCCUCCCAGGAGACGAGGGCGCUCCCUGAGAUGGAGGGCUACGUGACAGCAGAGGUGGCCAGUGACACCCUGGUGGCUCUGUCCCGAAACCACUUCAACUUGGUCAUGUACGAGCUGCAGCAUCACCUCAAGCCUCUUGUUCUUUCUGACGAAUUUGUCAGCACCUUGGCCAAGCUGGCCAAUGGCAACGUAUUUGAGUUCAUGCCGUACAUGGGCAUCACGCUGGCUACAAUAUUCACGAUGCUGAGACUCGCUGAGGAGGCCAAGAUGCGCCGGGUGAUCUGUGGUACCAUGGAGACCUGUGAGACGGUGCAGUUUUACCUGAAGCACCUGGAGUACAGCUCGUACCCUGUGAUGACUGAGGAGCAGUUUGCUGUGAAGCUGUUCCCCGUGUACCGCUACUUCGUGACUGUGUGGCUGAGGCAUUCCAGCCCCGAGGUGAAACUGGGGGUCAUCAAGUCCCUGAAGCCCAUGCUGAACCUCCUCCUGCCCAAUGAGGACCUGCGGGAGCAGGUGUAUGACUACAUCCCCCUGCUGCUGGCCGAGUACCAGAGCAGCCUGGAGCCGCUUUUCAUCACGCAGAUCUUGAGACAGAUUCUGGAAGCAUCAGUCACUACCAACACCCCUGUUCCCCAGAUGCAGCUCCGCCCCAUUUUCAUGGAACUUCACGCUCAGUUGUGUGGCAAGGGUCCAGCUCCGCACCAGUACAACAACCAGAACCUGGCAGAGACUGUGCAAUGCUUCAUGGCCCUAGCUCGCUCCUACCCCAAGGAGCUCAUGAAGUUCUUCAGCCAGAUGGAGACAGGCAAGGAGACCCCCUGUGUAGCCACGCUGUCCCUGAUCAAGGCUUUGGUGAGUGCCGAUGAGCCCAGAAUGAAUACCAGGACCAUUGGCUUGGCUAUCCGGGUGGUUAGGAACUUCCUCUCUGAUACCCGGUGCAAGGUGAGAGUGGCUGUUCUCUGCAUCAUCAGCCAGUUGGCUCAGUCCGGCCACCAGGACAGGAUCAAAGGCUGGGGCCUGAAAUAGGUGUCUGUGCAGCUGACCCUGUCCACCUACAGACCGGAAAAUCACCGGGAAAAUUUUUAUCAGAAGAACUUGGAGGAGAAGCUGGUCCACAAAGUCACCAUGGAUACCAUGAGGAUCAUAACCUCUUCUGUCAGUGGCAUGACCAAUGAGUUCUGGAUGAGGCUGCUGAGCUGCAUCAUGGAGACAGACUGCAUGGAGGCCUUGACCCCCAUCUGCGUCAGCCUCAUGAACCUGGCGAGGUGCCAGUUCCACGACAUUGACCAGGAGGCUGGUGUGGCUCACAAGAACAAGCACUUGGACCUGCCUGCACCUCAGAAGCUCCUGGCUCGUCUCCUGGUGCUGGUGUCAUUGCCCUACAAAGGGGAGGGACGUGGGAUAGCCAUACUCAACCUCUUGAGGACCCUGAGCCACAGCAUUGUGCACACCUUGGCCAACAUGUGGCAGCAGGAGGUCCCUCUACUGGUCCAAUACCUGGAAGAACACACUGAAUUCACUUGGAAUCAGAAGGCCUGGGAGGACAAGCUCAUUCAGUUCCUGAGAAACUCUCUUAAGAAGACCAGGGGGACCCGCUGGAGCCUGCGCCUGAGCAAAGAGUUGAACAACCAGAUCAAGAGCUUUGAAAGCCCCUCUUCGGAAAAGCUUUGUUCCCAUGGGGCCAGGGCAGGCUUCCUGUACAGGGCCUUGGGCUUCACCCUGGCCAUGGGCCUGGAGGCCGACAAGGUGCAGUUGCUAUUGUUGGAGCUGCUGUACAAGACAGACUAUGGCAACGACUUCAACAGGGAGGGCGUGAUUCAGUGCUUUGGCCUAUGUGCUCGUGGCCAGGUGAAGAUGGUACUGAAUGUGCUCCGUGACUUCGAGGAGAGGAUCCAGGAGUCAGAGCACACCUGGCAGAUCAGUGCCUGGCAGAAGGACCUCCCCUGGCAGAGGGAGGCCAUCAAGAGCACCCACAUGAUGAUGUACAGCUGCGUGUCCUCCUCCUGCCACCCCCAGAUGCUCCUCGCCUACGUGGACAGCCCCACCAUGGCAAAGAUCAUUCACCACUACUCCAGCAGCUGUCAGGACAUCGGUCUCAAAAUGGCCUUCAUGAAGAGUGUGGUGCAAGUCACCGGUGCCAUCAGGAACAUCCAGGACCCCGGGGACUUUCAGUUUGCCCCAAAGUUGACUCUUACUAGCCUCAAAACGGCGAUCAUCCAGGCGGACCUGACCGACCACCUGGCUUCUCCCGUGCGGGCACUGGCCAUAGAUGCGCUGUCACACCUGAGCAAACUGAGGCCCUUCUACUCCACAGAGGAAAGCAGUGAGCUGAUGGAGAUCAGUAUACAUUCUGUAGUUUCUCUCCAACCCCCAGGAGAGGACAACGAGUCCAUUAAGAGCCUGUAUGCGAAUGCCCUGCGCUCCCUGGAGCGGCUGAUGGAGAGCCUCCUGCAGAGGCAGCUGGACCCUAAGGGGCUGCAGGAGAUGGUGCAUCUCCUGGAGAAGUGGAUCCUGUCAGGGAAAGACUGGGAGCGAGAGAAGGCCAUGAACCUCCACCUGCACCUCAUGGAGAUCUAUAUCCGAAGUGUCGGUUUCUGUAUCCCCCUGAAGCUGGGCCAGUUUGGCACUCUGGUGGGACUCAUUGCCCCAUGCACCUGUGAUGCCCACCCAGGAACCUGCAUGGCCUCCACUAAUGUCCUGUCCAGCCUGCUAGAUCUUCAUGCAAGCCAGACCUGCUCCUUAUGGGACGCUGCCAAGGAGAUGGAGCUGCAGAGAUGUAGGGAGGACCUGCUGAGCAUGGACGAGGGGAAGAUUUCCUGUGCAUCCUCCAGAAUCGCCAAGGUGGUCUGCAGGGAGUGCAGCUGUGACGAGGUGGCCUCGCUCAUCCAGAAGCUCUGUGAGAACAUCGGGGCCAUGGACCUGCAACGUGACAAGGCUGCUGUCACCUGGAUAGGCACCUUCCUCCAAAUGAGGGUCAAGGAACUGGACGACAAGGUGGCAGAGCUCCACAGGGCCCCCUAAGGGUGGGGCUGGGGCUGCCCAGGGCACCCAGGCUGCAGAGCCACUGUACUCCCUGGGGUUGCCUCCCCACACCCUGGCUGCUCCAGGGGCGCAGGGAGUAGAGUUGGAUUCGACAGUGUAACCUGGUCAGUGCGUGGCGGGGCCCAGGCCACAGCCUCCCAUAUCGGAAGCCAAUAAAGCAGCCCAAGGAAGGGAGCAACCAAUGCGCAGGAGAGGGUGCUGGGGGUUCAGCCCGCCCACCGUCCUCCCUGGAGGAGGGGUGCCCUGUGCCCUCUACAGGUGAUGUCUGGCUCGAAUGCCUUAAGUGUAAGUUAAAAGCAGACCCUGUACCGAAGUUCAGGGGUCCUUGCCAGCAGACCAGAUAAACCCCGCCCAACCCCUUCCUCCACUGGAUGCUGAAUGCCAACUCCUCUACCUCCCCAGCCCUGCAGUGGCCCCUG